AGAGAACCAGUCUGAACAGGUGAGCUUUUCGAACAAACACGGACAGGUGCGCCGUCCUACAGCCGAACAUAAGUAGUUCUCCCCGAGGAGCAGAACCUAAUUUGGGUUCAGAAUGUCACUCCUGGCUGUUUUGGUCCUUUUGGGGACAGGAAUGACGGUCAACUGUGAAAAACACUCCCUCAUGUACAUCUACACGGCCUUCUCCAAGCCAGUGAAUCUCCCAGGGUUACAUGAGUUCACUGCUAUGGGCUUAUUGGAUAACAGUAUGAUUGACUACUAUGACAGUGAAAACCAAAUGAAAGUUCCCAAACAGGCCUGGAUGAAAGAUCAUCUUGAACCAGAGUACUGGGAGAAAGGCACCCAGUCCAGAAAGAGCAAGCAGCAAUGGUUCAAGGUCAACAUCGACAUAUUGAUGAAACGAAUGAGACAGAAUGACACAGAUACUCAUGUUCUUCAGUGGAGGCACGGCUGCGAGGGUGAAACCCAACCUGAUGGGACGAUGCAGUUUGUCCAUGGGAUGGACAUGUACAACUAUGAUGGAAACGACUUUCUGUCCUUUGACGAUGACGAACAGGUUUGGGUUGCUCCCAGUACAGCAGCAGCAGAAACCAAGAGGAAGUGGGAUGAGGUCCAGGUGCUGAAGGAAUACACCAAGGGCUACCUGGAGAAGGAGUGCAUGGAAUGGAUGGCCAAGUUUAGAGACUUUGGGAAAGAGCAGCUUUUAAAAGCCAGUCCACCUACAGUGCAUUUGUUUACUCGUAAAGCCAAACUUGAGUCAAACACAAUUUUAACGUGUCUGGCUACGGGUUUCUUACCAAAGGACAUCACUCUGCUUAUCAAAAGAAAUGGACGUGUCCUGACUAGAGAGGACGGGUUGGUGACGUCUGACGUUCGCCCAAAUAAUGACAACACCUUCCAGAAAAGAGAUCAUGUAGAGAUUUUGAAGUCUGAUGUUUCCGUCUACACCUGUGAAGUUAAUCAUCAAGCAUCGAAAAUGCAUGUUGAAGAGAAAUGGGAUCACAUUAUUGUGGAAAACAAUGAAAAUACACCCAUCGUCAUUGCUGCUGCUGUCACUAUUCUGAUUGUGGUUGCAGCCGUUGGUGGGGCGCUUAUUUACCUUAAGAAGAAGACACGUCGACUUGAUUGCCCUGAAGGCUCAACUCAUUCAAGUCUAACUUCUGUGACCACCUCCACCGCCAAUGGCGACGAUGACAGCCAAAAGAAGGAAAUCAAAUUACCCCUCUUGAAUGAAGACAAAGGAGGCGCUGGUGGAGACGGAGACAACUGCAGCCAAGAAAGUGGGAUUUCAACCGGACCAUCGGAUAAAAGCAGUCAGCCAGGCACUGGUGCAAGCACACCUGAGGAGAACAAGUCCCUCAUCGAUAGUGAUUCCUCUGGAGACACAGCUCCUUAUCCAAGUCUAAAUUCUGAGGACUCUGGAUUAGAACAAGCCAAUCUAUCCGAAGAUUCUGGUGCUGAUAAUUCAUCUCCUAGUUCCAACAAUGAGAGCGAUGAAUAAAAGUGACACAAGUCUGACUAAUUAGCUAUCUCAAUCAUUUGGAACCAGAUUAUAAUAUGGCAAAAAUAUUGAGAAAUAAGUCAUGUUCCCAAGCAGAUCUAUGAAAUCUAACAUAUAAAGUUAUAUCAGGUGAAAAAAAUAAGUUUUAUUAUAAAUAUAUUUACUACAUGUUUGGGAACAUGUAGUAAACACUACGGAGAAAGUAGUCAGUAAAGAUGCAAAUACCUAAUUACAAAUAAGAAGAAUCCAAGAAGAAUUGGAAAGCUGAGUUUCAGGUUUUUGUCUUUUCAGUUGAGGACAUGUUACACUGUGAUGCAUUAAUGUAAAAUCAUCUUUUUGCUUCUGACAAAUCUGCUAAAAUCCCCCCAACAAAAAAAGUUUGAAGUAAAAAAAAGACUGUAAGACCUCAGAGUAAGAACAAAUACUGCAGUGUGAGUUUUUUUUUGCAGACCUAUAAUAAAUCAAAUUCACAAUUUGAAAGUAUUUUGAUUUAGCCAAACAGAUCAUGUUUGUUACAAGAUUACAUAGCUAUUUGUAGUAAUCUAUGAAUAAGGGAAGUCUGGUUAUUCUCUUUUGGAUAUUAACAAUGCUUCAUGAAUAUUUUUGAUUACUUUUUAAACUCUGUAUUACAUUAUUGCUUUAAAUGUUUUUACUCUAAUUUUUAGGGGAGUUUAUUUGUAUUUUUGGAACUUGCGGGGCUUUUACUGACUAAAUAUUUUGUACUGUAUUUACACUGGUGGUACAAAGAGUGAUUUUUUUUCUUUGUCUAAUUGUGACAUUUUGAGCAAAGAAUAAGUAUUUGCAACUUUUCUCUAAUGAUUAAAUCAUCACGUUAUGUAUGCAACUAGAAGUUUACGUAGAAUCUUUGCAGUAUCUUUUAAAACAUUGUAUAGUUACGUUUCCUAUUCAUUGAUCUGUUGAGAGAUUUUUUUUCAAAUGAUUAAGACUUCAAAAAUGAACUGUACCUUCAUGUAACUGUAUUUUCUACCUGAAUAAAACAAAGUCUUUUUACCCAA